AUGACGAUCAUGUUUUAUCUUUGUUUCCGCUUCGAGUUCCGCGUCUCCCCAAGCCAAAGCAAUCAGCGCGCACGCCAAGCAUCCAGGUGGGGAGAAGACGAGGGGAGGGGGCGGCCAGCCGCAGCUGCGAACCGGCCCGCGGCGGAGGCGAGGAGAGAAGACCAGCAUUCCCUCACACAAAAUGGUGGCGCCAAGGCGGAGGCCGGCGCACCUGGGGGCGCCACACGCCCUACGGGAUUCCCGCAGACCGCCGCCAGCUGGACGCGAGCCCCGGGUCCAGGCGGCCCGCACCGGUCUGCGCCAGGCCCAGCCCGAAGGGGCCAUUCACAGCCGGUGGCCCGCGUCGCCGCUUGGUGUCCGCGGGAUGAUGCCGGCGGGGGCGAGGGCCUGGCGCGACCGCCUCGGCCUCACCCCCAGUCCGCGCCGGAGAUAGGGAGCGCACUCACCUCAGACGCGCCCCGGGAGCCGCUGGAAGGGCACGGGAAAGGAGGCGGAGCCGCGCGAAUGAAUGGAGCCGGCGGCUGUUCGCUGGCGACCUCCGGCUGGUCCCGGGCCGCACCGCUCGCGGCUGCCAGGGCUGGUGCGGCCGCCUCCCGCUCGCCCCAGACGCCCGGCUCCUCGUCGCGGGUCGGCCGCGGCCCACCGUGCCCUCCGACGACGUGACGCACUAGCGCCGCAGCGCCUCCAGCCUUCGCUUCCGCUCCGCGCCAGCGCCCGCGCCCACCGCGAAUCCCCCCACCCGCCCGCGCAGAGCGGCCCCUCCUCGGAGCCCGCUACGCCGCCCUGCCUCCCUCCAGCCCAGGCUCUCAGGCGCUGGCCGGCAGGUGCGGCCUUGGCCAGCCCGGGGGUGCCACGCGGCCCCAACCUAGCCACCCGCGCCCCCUCUCUCCGCCCCGGCCGCCGUCACCCGGCAGCGCGACGCCCAGCUCAGGGCGAUGGCCUGGUAUUAAAGAGUCACCUUGGCUUAGAUAUAAAAAUAGAUGCAGUUAAGCCGCGGGGGCUACAACGCUGAUUUUGCGUAUUCCUUUAAUGCCAACCUUCGCAGGAUUCUGUUCGCAUAUCCCGGCGGAGUUCUCCAGCCCCGCGCAGGCCCUCCUGAAAUUUACCCAGAGUGGGCGCGGCCAUCCCGACCUCGGGACAAGGGUGCAGAGGGCACGGGCGAGGACCGCCGGCCUCCGCCCCGCCACCUUCAUCCUAAACCUACUGCCACUUGGGUGCGUGCAAGGAAGAAUGUGGUCUGCUUUCACAGUCUAGAGAAGUCCUAGAGUCCGGACUUUCAUCUGGAGAUGUCAGGAAAAUACCAAAUUCCUGCGCUGACCUUUUCUCUUUCACCGUUUAACCGGUACAAGCUAACCCUGACCCAGAAAGGCAGCAGGGUUCCAUCCGGCUUUCCUCCCCUGCCUCUGCCAGCUCUAUUCUACCGUCGUAUGGCCUCUUGCGCCUUUGCUAAUUGCACAUUCCUACUGAAAAAAUUAGCCCCCCUGCAUUUAAAACAUGAUACAUUGUCUUUAAGGUAAUGCAUAUUGUAGUCUAACGUAUUUAAUAAAUGUAUUGAGAAACAA